AUGAAUGGCGUCUUCCGGCCCUUCUCCGCCGCCCGAUCCCCCGUCAGAAUGAUACGAUCGACCGCCUCCGCCGCCGCCUCAACCCCGCUGUCAUGCCCAUCAGGUCAGCCCUCCUCCAUUUCCGUCGCCUUCGCAUUCAUCAGGCCUCUCUCGUCCUCCCCAUCGCCGGAACCCAAUUCCCGAACCGACCCGACUCUGAAUUCGGCCACCGACCUCUCGUCCCAGCUGUUCUCCCUCCUGUGCCAACCGAAUUGGCAGAAACACCCCUCGUUGAGGAAAUUGAUCCCAGCUGUAUGCCCUUCUCUGUUCUCCUCCGUGCUCGCUCAGCACCCCAACCUCAAUCCUCAAACUGCCCUCCAUUUUUUCAAUAUCCUGUCCCGGGCCCCCACUUUCAAGCCCAGUGUUCAGGCCUACAAUUUGCUUUUGCGCUUGUUAGUGAGGAACAGGUUGUAUGGGGAUGCGGAUAAAAUCAGGAUUCUCAUGGUCAAGUCAUGUGAGGAGGCGGAGAAUGUGGGCUUUGUGUUGGGAGUUCUGCGCGAGAUGAACCGUGGCCGUGAUGGUGACUUAAGGUUUAAGCUUAGUCUUCGGUCUUAUAACGUGCUCUUGAUGUCGCUGGCGAGGUUUAUGAUGGUCGGUGACAUGGAAUCUGUUUAUAAGGAUAUGUUGGAUGAUAAGUUGCCUCCGAAUAUAUAUACAUUCAAUACGAUGAUCAAUGCUUAUUGUAAAUUGGGUGAUAUUAGAAAAGCCCAUUAUUAUUUAGGCAAGAUUCUGACUGCUGGUUUGAGGCCGGACACGCAUACUUUCACCUCAUUCAUUUUAGGGCAUUGUAGGAAUAAGGAUGUCGAUAGAGCUUAUGAGAUUUUUGCGAAAAUGCAGCAAAAGGGUUGUCGAUGGAAUGAGGUCUCGUAUAAUGUUUUGAUACAUGGGUUAUGCGAAGUUAAUAGGGUGGAUGAGGCAAAGAGGCUGUUUUUACAAAUGGGAGAUGGUAAUUGUUCUCCAAAUGUCAGGACUUACACGAUUUUGAUCGAUGCUUUGUGUGGUUUGGAUAGGAGGUUGGAGGCUUUGACCCUGCUUGAGGAGAUGAAGAAGAAGGGUUGUGAGCCAAAUGUUCACACUUAUACUGUAGUUAUUGAUGGUUCUUGUAAAGACGGAAUGCUUGAUAAAGCAAGAAAACUGUUGUUAGCAAUGCUGGGUAAAGGAUUAGUUCCUAAUGUAGUGACUUACAAUGCUUUGAUCAUUGGGUACUGUAAGAAGGGAAUGAUCGAGGCUGCUUUUGAGGUAUUUGAUCUGAUGGAAUCGAAACAAUGUAGUCCGAAUGUGCGUACUUAUAAUGAGUUGAUCUCUGGAUUCUGCAGGGUAAAGAAAGUGCACAAGGCGAUGGCACUUCUUAGUAAGAUGCUAGAGCAGAAGCUUCCUCCUGAUCAAGUCACGUUUAACCUUUUAGUAUGCGGACAUUGUAAAGAAGGUGACACAGAGAAUGCUCUUCGCCUCCUCAGGCUAAUGGAAGACUACAAUGUAGUUCCUGAUCUUUUAACCUAUGGUCCUGUUAUCAAUGCCUUAUGUGAAAAAAAGAAUGUUGAUAAGGCAUAUGCUGUGUUUAACUCCCUCAAAGAGAAGGGUGUGAAGGUGAAUGAAGUUAUUUAUACUGCUCUGAUUGAUGGAUACUGCAAUGUGGAGAGAGUAGACUUUGCCUUACAACUGUUUGAAAGCAUGCUUGUUGAGGACUGUCCCCCGAACACGUACACUUACAAUGUGCUGAUUAAUGGGUUGUGCAAAGUGAAAAAAUUACCUGAGGCGUCAAAGCUUCUGGAGAAGAUGUUAACGGAUGGCAUGAAACCCAGUACUGUUACCUACUCAAUUAUCAUUGAGCUGAUGUUGAAAGAAUUCGAAUUCGAAAGCGCUUAUAGAAUUCUAAACCUUAUGGUUUCUCUGGGAUGUAAACCGGACGUCUGCACAUACACAUCUUUCCUUCUCGCUUAUUGCAACCAAGGGAUGUUGAAAGAAGCUGAGGAUGUCAUGUCCAAAAUGAAAGAAGAAGGCGUGAGACCUGAUUUGAUGACCUACACAGUGCUAAUCGAUGGAUAUGGACGUCAAGGUCAUCUAAAUCUCGCCUUUGAUACCUUCAAAUCUAUGGUUAGUGCCGGAUAUGAACCAUCUCAUUACACCUAUUCUGUUCUAAUUAAACACCUCUCGCAUGAGAAGCUAAUCAAUGAGGGCGGUGGCAGAGAAGGGCUCGGUCUGAAGCCAAUUAAUAUUGCCGAUGUCUGGAAAAUAAUGGAACACGGUACAGCUCUUGACCUCUUUGAGAAAAUGAAGGAUUGUGGUGUUGCACCGAAUGUAAACACUUACAAUGCACUCAUCACCGGACUUUGCAGAGAGAGACGCAUCGAAGAAGCCUGGAGGUUGGUUGAUCAUUUGAAAGAGUGUGGAAUGUCCCCGAACGAAGAAAUUUAUAACAAAUUAGUGGAUUGUUGCUGUAGCAUGAAAAUGUUCGAGGAAGCUAUAAAUUUGAUUAAUGACAUGCUUAAGCAUGGCUAUUUACCUCAUUUAGAGUGCUACAAGCUGCUUGUUUGCGGGUUAUAUGACAAGGGAAAUGCUGAGAAGGCCAAGGCAACCUUCCGUAUACUGCUUCGUUGUGAUUACAAUUAUGAUGAAGUGGCUUGGAAAGUUCUGAUUGAUGGCUUGCUGAGCCUUGGCUUUGUGGAUGAAUGCUCUGAGCUGGUAACUGUCAUGGAAGAAUGUGGUUGCGCACUUAAUCCUCAGACGCAUGCUGGAAUCAGGGAAGUUAGCAAUUCUGGACUGACAAGGCAAAAGGGAAGCAGAUCUGAAAAAAUGGUAUGUUACGUUCACGAGCAAGCAUUAUACUCAUGUGAUGCCAUACACGAGGGAAGGAGAAUACUAUUGAGGCAGGACAUUGGAAGGAUGGUUCUCUUCUUUGCUUAUCGAUCAAAUUUAUUGGCUCCUAGUAUUCAAGUGUGCGUGAGUAUGAUGUUUUCUGCCUUAGCUUUUGUACGGUGUGGAAUGCUAUGCUAUUUUCAGCGCAUCGGGAAUAGGGACUUCAUAAUAAACAAACUGCUUGAGUUGUGGCAGAUAGGAACUGAUCCAAACGAUCCGACUGUUGGGUUUUUUUCUGGGAGGGAAUGGACCGUCUUUGCUGCCUUACUGAAAUUUGCAGUAUCAAAUAUCAAUAACCCAUUAGAGGCCAUAGCUGAAAUCGCGGCCCUCGAACUCGAUGCUACUUUUGAAGUUUCGACAAUCAUCAUGAGUAACUACAACCAAAAUCAAGCGUAUCCGACGCCAGCUGUCGCAUACCCGGCGGAGCCACAGGGCGGUCAGAUGGCACCACCGCCGCCGGUUGGGUAUCCGGGGACAGAAGGGAAGGUGGACUACGGCCAGGCUCCGGCGGCGGCUGCCACUCAGUCUAGGGGAGAUGGCUUCUGGAAAGGAUGUUGUGCUGCCCUUUGUUGCUGCUGUGUAUUGGACGCUUGUUUCUAA